UCUAACACAGCAGUUCUUGGAGAGGCAAAAUCAAGCAGGCUGUCAGUUCUGCUAAAAAAGAGACUUCCAGGAGUAAUUGUUGAGCUCAUGAAGCAGCAAGGCCAGUGCUGAGAAACACACCCUGCCCUUUGGGCUCCCACUCCAGGAUGCAGUGGGAAACAAGGCAUGCGGAGAGCAAAUAAAUUUUUCAAGUCCCCGAUGCCUGGGAAGAAGCUUGACCUGACUUAUGCGUGCUGCAAAACCCCUCCCUGCUGGGAAGCUGUUCAGAAUUAAAUCCUGAAGGAGCAGAGAGGACGAGCAAUGGGAAAGAAUAAAAGACUGUGUGCAUCUCUCCCUUCUUUGGAAGGAGUAGUGGCUGGCCACGAAGACAACGCAAAGCAUGCUGACUGAUAACUGUGCCCACAUUUAACAGUGAUCCUACAGAGGAAAAUGGGGAAUUCAGAAAGCCAAUACAGUCUUCAGGGAUCAAAAAAUCAUGCUGCUGCUACAGCUGGUGCCAAGCAGAAGCCUUGCACUCUAAAAAUUCGCAGCAUUCAUGCUAAAGAUGAAAAGUCUUGCUCCUUGCAUGGAUGGGGACAUGCCAGUAGUGGCUCCAACUAUAAAUCAAGGUCCCUUGCCAGAAGCUGCCUUUCCCACUUCAAGAGUAGUCAGCCUUAUUCAUCUAGACUCGGUGACACCGUGCUGAAGGUCCCUAAAAGCAAUGCCCACACCAAACACAGGACAAACACCUCAGAGGACUACUGCCAAGCAAAUAGUGCAGCUUUUUUGCCUGAGAAUGGUUUCCACUAUAUUGGCCUUCAAGCGGCCUCCCGAGAGUGCAAUGGACACAUUUUGAAUUGCUAUGGAAAGAACGAGAGUCUUGCAUCCACCUCACCAUCAGAGGACAGGAGGAGUCCAAAAGUCCUCAUUAAGACACUGGGAAAGCUAGAUGGCUGCUUGAGGGUUGAAUUCCACAACAGCAGCAACAACAAAGUACCUACAGAGGAAUCCAGUGGACCGGUCCAACUGUUGAGGUAUUCACCUACUUUAGAAUCGAAACAGAACAACCUGCUUGAUGUCAGGAGGAACUCCAGCGCGGACUGUUCCUCCAGCCAUCGUCUGUCACCUACUGACUCAAGACUUCGAUCUAGUAAGGGAAGCUCCCUAAGCUCUGAGUCUUCAUGGUAUGACUCUCUCUGGGGAAAUGCUGGGGAUAUCAAUGAGCUGGAUGGUCCGUAUUUGACCAGGAGUACUCCAGAUACGAGCAUUCAUGCCAGUUUCCCAGCGAGUGACAACAAGAAGUCAUUCAACCAAAGUUCAUCUCUCUCGUCGCUCAGAGAUCUGUAUAAGGAUGCAAAUUUGGAAAGCACCCCUCCACCUGGGAUCAGGCUGUCCGAUGAAUAUAUCGAUGCUCAUGGCAGCUUAAGCAACCGUGUGUCGUUUGCCUCAGACAUUGAUGUUCCCUCCAGGGUAGAGCAUGGAAGUCCUGCACAUUACUCCUCCUACACGCUGCCAUGCAGAAAGUCUAAGCCCCUCAAUGAGGAUGUAUCCAAGAAGGACACAUUAAAAAGCCGAAUGCGACGCAUCAGUGACUGGACAGGAAGCCUCUCGAGGAAGAAAAGAAAGUUGCAGGAGCCCAAAUGCAAAGAUGGGAGCGAAUACUUUGACAGCAGGAUGGACAACCUCACUGUUGACACUCUGGCACCUUCCCAGCUUUCCAGUUUGCUGUGGUCACCAGGUUCCAGCCAUGUCCUGUCCCAGAGAAGUGAAUCCACUAAUGCCAUCAGCAGUGAUGCCCUGAGGCAGAACAUCUAUGAGAACUUCAUGCGGGAGCUGGAGAUGAGCAGGACAAACGUGGAGAACACGGAGACCUCAUCAGAAACCGAAGACUCCAGCAGUGAGUCCCUCAGCUCCUUAGAGCAGCUCGAUCUGUUGUAUGAGAAAGAGCAAGGAGUGGUGCGCAAGGCAGGGUGGCUGUUCUUCAAACCCUUGGUGACUCUGCAGAAAGAGAAGAAACUGGAGCUGGUCACCCGGAGGAAGUGGAAGCAGUACUGGGUGACACUCAAAGGUUGUACCCUGCUGUUUUAUGAGACCUAUGGAAGGAAUUCGAUGGAACAGAGCACGUUGCCUCGGUAUGCCCUGUUUGCAGAGGACAGCAUAGUGCAGUCUGUUCCAGAGCAUCCCAAGAAGGAAAACGUAUUCUGUCUCAGCAAUUCUUUUGGAGAUGUCUACCUAUUUCAGGCGACAAGCCAGACAGAUCUGGAAAACUGGGUUACUGCCAUACAUUCAGCUUGUGCUUCCCUCUUUGCGAAGAAGCUCGGGAAAGAGGACACCGUUAGGCUAUUGAAAAACCAAACUAAGAGUCUCUUCCAGAAGAUUGACAUGGACAGCAAGAUGAAAAAGAUGGCAGAGUUACAACUCUCUGUUGUUAGUGAUCCAAAAAACAGGAAGGCCAUAGAGAAUCAGAUCCAGCAAUGGGAACAGAACCUGGAAAAAUUUAAUAUGGAUCUUUUCCGAAUGCGAUGUUACCUAGCGAGUUUGCAAGGUGGAGAGCUCCCAAACCCAAAGAGCCUUUUGGCUGCUGCCAGUCGUCCUUCAAAACUGGCCCUGGGGAGGCUUGGCAUCUUCUCUGUCUCAUCCUUCCAUGCACUGAUCUGCUCCCGGGAUGAAGCCGCCCUCAGGAAGCGGACCCUGUCUCUGUCACAAAGAGUCCGAAGUAAGAAGGGUCUGUUUUCUUCACUGAAAGGACUGGAUACAUUGGCAAGAAGAGGAAAAGAAAAGCGACCUUCCAUAACUCAGAUUUUUGAUUCAGCUGGAGGACAUGGAUUUGCUGGUGCCCAGAAUUCAGCCAACUCUGCCGAGCAGCAAGUUGAUGAACUCUUGAACAUCUACUGCUCAGUGCCAGAGAGCAUCCAGAAGGAGAAUGCUUGGGAAACACAAACCUACGUUCAUUUCUGUGAUGGCCAAGGAGUGGCAUUAACCCUCAAGCCAGAACACAGAGUGGAAGAUGUUUUAUCUUUGGCAUGCAAGAUGAAACAGCUGGAGCCAAGGCACUAUGGCUUGCAACUCAGAAGACUGGUUGAUGAAAAUACUGAGUACUGUGCUCCUGAACCAUAUGAAUACAUAGUAGACCAGGUGUAUGAUGAAAUAGAAAUUUGUCCAUUAAGUGUUUAUCAUGUUCAUCUUACAAAGACUGAAAAUAUAAGUGAUUUUGGUUUUGCUGUCACAGCUCAAGUUGAUGAAAAUCGACAUCUCACUCAUAUACUUAUAAGUGAUGUUCUCCCUGAUGGACUAGCAUACAAGGAAGGGUUACGAGUAGGCAAUGAGAUUUUGAGCAUAAAUGGAGAGGCUGUGUCUGAUCUUGACCUCAGACAGAUGGAGUUACUGUUUUCGGAGAGAAGUGUAAUGCUUACACUGAGAAUUAAUCAUUAUGGAGCUCAGCAACCAUUAUGUACUUCAUGGUCAGAUGGUGACAUUUCUAAGGACCCCAAAAGUUUAUUGCCCCCUCCAAACCAGUCACAGCUCCUGGAGGAGUUUCUGGAUAACUUCAAAAAGAACACAGCAAAUGAUUUCAGCAAUGUGCCUGAUGUCACAGCCAGCUUGAAAAGAAGCAGUACCGAUGGCACCCUGGACCAAGUACCACACCGCGAAAAGGCUGAUCCAUCCUUCAGAAGUGCGGAACAGAUCAGCGCCUUGUGCCGAAAUUUCCAGGAAGUCCAGGCAAGCGGUAUGGAAGGACAGAAGGACAUCCAGGAUCCGUCUCCUCGACCACUGGCUCGGCACCUAUCUGAUGCAGACAGACUGAGAAAAGUCAUCCAAGAACUUAUGGACACUGAGAAAUCUUAUGUCAAGGACCUGAGCUGCCUAUUUGAGCUCUACUUGGAACCCCUUCAAAACGAAACUUUCCUUACCCAAGAUGAGAUGGAGUCCUUGUUUGGCAGCUUGCCAGAAAUGCUGGAUUUCCAGAAGGUGUUUUUGGAGACCCUUGAAGAUGGAAUUUCUUCUUCCUCAGACUUUAAUACAUUGGAAACACCCUCCCAGUUCCGAAAAUUAUUGUUUUCCCUCGGAGGUUCCUUUCUGUAUUAUGCUGACCACUUCAAGCUGUACAGUGGCUUCUGUGCAAACCACAUCAAAGUUCAGAAGGUUCUUGAGAGAGCCAAAACAGAUAGUGCCUUUAAGGCCUUUCUGGAUGCUCGAAACCCCACAAAGCAACAUUCUUCAACGCUGGAGUCGUAUCUCAUAAAGCCUGUCCAGAGAGUGCUGAAAUACCCUCUGCUGUUAAAAGAGCUGGUGUCUCUGACAGAUAACGAGAGUGAGGAGCACUAUCAUUUGACAGAAGCACUGAAAGCAAUGGAAAAAGUAGCCAGUCACAUCAAUGAGAUGCAGAAGAUAUAUGAAGAUUACGGCACAGUAUUUGAUCAGCUGGUUGCAGAGCAGAGUGGAACCGAGAAGGAGGUGACGGAGCUUUCAAUGGGAGAACUUCUGAUGCAUUCUGCAGUUUCCUGGCUGAAUCCUUUCCCAUCUCUGGGCAAAGCAAGAAAAGAUCUUGAACUUACAGUGUUUGUUUUUAAGAGAGCUGUAAUACUUGUAUAUAAGGAGAACUGCAAACUGAAAAAGAAAAUGCCCACUAAUGUUCGUGCUGCACAUAAUUUUGGUGACUUGGAUCCAUUUAAAUUUCGUUGGCUGAUUCCUUUAUCUGCUCUUCAAGUUCGACUGGGGAAUACAGCAGGAACAGAAAACAGCUGUAUCUGGGAACUCAUUCACACCAAGUCAGAACUAGAAGGCAGACCAGAAACUAUUUUUCAAUUGUGCAGCAGUGACUGCGAGAACAAGACUAACAUUGUGAAGGUGAUCCGUUCUAUUUUGCGAGAGAAUUUCAGACGUCACAUAAAAUGUGAUUUGCCGCUGGAGAAAACCUGCAAAGAUCGACUUGUUCCGCUCAAGAACCGUGUGCCUGCAACAGCCAAACUGGCUUCCUCGCGGUCUCUGAAGGGGCUGCGGCCCGCCUGCAGCAGCGAGUGGCACGGCGACGCGGGCAAGGGCAACGGCCACGACUCCGACGAGUGCAGCCUGAGCAGCAGCACCCAGAGCAGCAGCUGCCACACGGCCGAGAGCACCCAGGAGCCCCCCAGUUCGUCCCCGGGCAAACGCUCCCCGAGCUGCGCGUCAGACGUCUCCAGCGUCCUCGUCAAGGAAUCCGAUAUUCUCAGCGAUGAGGACGACGACGAUUACCAGAGCCUAAAGAAAGGCAGCCCUACUAAAGAUAUAGAAAUACAGUUCCAACGCCUGAAGAUCUCCGAGGAACCGAGCGCUGACUCUGAACGAGAUCCGGGCCCUGAGAAGGAGGAAGGGGACGGUUUCAAGACAGACGAGCACCCCAAGCUGGUGCGCGGCCACUUCUGCCCCAUUAAGCGCAAAGUAAACAGCACAAGGCGGAGCCGAGGAACGUUGCUGGCCAUGCAGGAACGCCACCAGUCCCUUGACAGCCAUUCUGAGGCUGCAAACUUGGAUCUGAACUCCAUCUUAGAGCGAGAAUUUAGUGUCCAGAGCUUAGCCUCUGUAGUUAAUGAGGACUGUUUUUAUGAAACUGUGGAGAAGCACGAAAAAUCCUAGCUUUCGGAGCACUAUAUUUAAAUUAUGGUUCAUUUUAAGUCCACAUAAAAUUCACCAAACUUAUUUUGCUUUAAAAUUAGUAAAUUCGUGGAAGCCGCAGGAAAACUAAUAUCUAUUUGAUUCUGUGCACUAAGACAGUUUUUUUUUCCACAAAAACAGCUGUAAAGGACUCUUAAGUUAUUUUAAUUUAUUGUGGAUCAAAAAUAGAGUAAGCUGGCCAAGGUCUGUAAGUUAGUUAACCCUUUUCAAGCAGUUACUGAGAUUUUGUAGUAUUAUUGAGGAGGGUAGGGG